AAAGUGUGAACAAGUUAAUUUCCACUGAUUUAUGUUCGAAACCCUCACGGCCCUCGGCGGCGGCGCCUCCUCCGUACACGGGUGCUCCUCUCCUGCAACAUCUUCUCUCUUGGAGUUUGUGUGUGUGUGUGUGUGUGUGUUUGGAGUUCCUCCUCUAUCUUCGCGUCUUUCUCUUUCUGUCUAAGAACUGUAUCUGAUCUGGAGAAGCGAGUCAUUAGAAGAUACAGCUGAACUGAUCGAUCAGGGGCCAAAACUUUGCCUUUUGAUCGAAUAAUUUCUGGGCAAACAAAUACUAUGGCUUGCAUUUCGUAUAACAGAACUUCAGUGAAAUUUUUUGGCAGUCAUCACCACCGUUCAUCAAGGCCGUUCUGGGGCAUUCACCGGUGCUGCGACUUCAGAAAUUCAUCGUCACUUUUCUAUGUGAAGCCACUUAAUUCGAGCUCUGUGAAUCCUCAUGGUCCUAGGGAUUCUCAACUCUUCAACCGCUUGCGAUGCUUCUCUACUGUCUUCAGCAGCAUUUCUUUAGAUAACGGUAUGCCUGAAGAAAGGAUGGUUGUGUUGGUCAUUGGUGGAGGGGGAAGGGAACAUGCACUUUGUUAUUCCUUGAAGAGGUCUCCCUCUUGCGAUGCUGUCUUUUGUGCACCAGGAAAUGCUGGGAUUUCCAGCUCAGGGGAUGCCACUUGUAUUUCCAACCUUGACACCUCUGAUAGCUUGGCUGUGAUUUCCUUUUGUCAAAAAUGGGGUGUAGGAUUGGUUGUGAUUGGACCAGAAGCUCCUCUUGUUGCAGGUCUUGCAAAUGACCUAGGGAAGGCUGGAAUUCCUACUUUUGGCCCUUCAUCAGAGGCUGCUGCUUUGGAAGGUUCCAAGAAUUUCAUGAAGAAUUUGUGUGACAAAUAUGGAAUUCCCACUGCUAAGUAUCAAACUUUUAUGGAUCCAUUUGCUGCAAAGAAGUACAUAAAAGAGCAAGGUGCACCUAUAGUCGUCAAGGCAGAUGGAUUGGCUGCUGGAAAAGGAGUUAUUGUUGCUAUGACGUUGGAGGAGGCUUUUGAAGCUGUCGACUCAAUGCUUGUAAAGGGUGUUUUUGGAUCUGCUGGUUGCCGUGUCAUUGUUGAGGAGUUUUUGGAGGGUGAGGAGGCAUCAUUCUUUGCUCUGGUCGAUGGAGAGACUGCAAUUCCUUUAGAAUCUGCUCAGGACCAUAAACGAGUGGGAGAUGGUGACACGGGGCCUAAUACUGGUGGAAUGGGAGCAUACUCUCCAGCGCCUAUCUUAACAAAAGAACUCGAGUCUUUGGUCAUGGAAUCUAUAAUUCUUCCUACUGUAAAAGGAAUGUCUGAAGAGGGGUGCAAAUUUGUUGGGGUUCUCUAUGCUGGACUCAUGAUUGAAAAGAAGUCUGGAUUGCCCAAGCUAAUAGAGUACAACGUUCGCUUUGGAGAUCCAGAGUGCCAAGUGUUGAUGGUCCGUUUGGAAUCUGAUCUGGCACAAGUUUUACUAGCAGCUUGCAAGGGUGAACUGAGUGGAGUGUCUCUGAACUGGUCUCCAGUCUCUGCCAUGGUGGUGGUGAUGGCAAGCAAUGGCUACCCUGAGAGCUAUGUAAAGGGAAGCGUGAUUCAAAACCUUGACGAAGCAGAGCAGGCUGUUCCGUCUGUUAAGAUAUUUCAUGCCGGUACUGCACUUGAUUCAGAUGGCAACUUCAUUGCCAUCGGAGGACGUGUUCUUGGAGUCACUGCCAAGGGAAUAGACCUUCAAGAGGCCCGGGAUAGAGCUUACCAAGCUGUCGAGGAAGUAAACUGGCAGGGUGGGUUCUAUCGCCGAGACAUUGGUUGGAGGGCGCUUCCACAGAAACAGUUUUCCACAAAAACAUAACGAUAGUGUUUUAUGUUUUUUGGAGUAUUUACUGUGUGAAAUGAAUCGAGGUUGUCCCAUUUAAGAACUAAAUUUUGUGUAUUGAGGAAUAUAUGAAAAAAUGGUUGAUUGUCCUGAAAAAAGAAAAAAAAGAAAAAAAUGGUUGUUCUAUACACUGCCAAAAAUCUAUGCAAGGAAAAGAAUUAACAAGACUCCUGUUUCAUGUAUAAAAUUCUGUUUAUUUUGGCGAAA